AUGGAGGCAGACAGCAAAGAGGACAUUCAGUCUCUCAUGGAGGACAUGGACUACAUCCCCGGCCACUUCCACCUGGACCUCAACCUUAACUGUGAUCCUGUUGGGCCUGUGAAGCUGAGACACAGGGACACUUACCUAAAACAGGAGAGCUUGCGAGGCGAGCUAGAGGCUGAAGCUGGAUAUCUACAGUACGCUGUCCUAAAUCUGCUGGGUCUGUUGGCUUUUCACCUGGAACAGUUGGAGACAGCUGAAGAAAUAUUCAGAAGCAUCUGUAAAGAAAACCCUGGGAACCUCAAUGCCUGGGCCAACCUGGGCUAUGUGUACGACAAGCUGGGGAGAGAGCUGGAUGCAGGCGAGUGUGUGGAGAAAGUUUCCUACCUUAUGGGCUUAGACGGUGGAGAGGCCUCUCAGGAAGAGACCAGGCUCCUGGCGGCCCGCUGCCUGGCUGAGCAGGCUUAUGUUUAUCCCUACGACGUAGAAAUAGACAGUGAGGACGACCUGAGAGACAGACUUACGGCAGCAUUGACAUUUUACAACAGAGCCCUGGACUAUGGGGGUCAGCUGCUACCAGUAGAGGAAAAACAAAGCUGGUCUUUUAAAAUGGCAACCAUCUAUAUACGACUGGAUCAGAUAGUAAAGACCAAAGAGGACUCUGAAUACUCCAGACUCUCUCACUACAAUAAGGGACUGAAGCUUCUCAAAGAAACACUAGAAUCUGAGAAACCACAACACAAAGCUCUUGCCUGGUGUUACGUUGGCAUCAUGUUGGAGAGAAAGGAAGAAUUCACUACUGUGCCAAUGUCUGUACAUGACUGUGGCUACUCAGCUUCUGAUCCACUAUCCUGCUAUGGAACUGCCAUAAACCUGGCCAGUGAUGACACAUUCACCCUGAACCUCCUGGCAAAGGUCUUCUUUCUGUUGGGCAAACAUGAGAUGGCCACAGGGAUCUGCAACAUGGCCCUAAACGUGCUCCCAGACCCAGAGCUCAACUGGCAGGCAUACUGUACCCGGGCCAAGAUCAAUAUGAUGCUCUACGCCAGGGACCUAGAGAAGGCUAAACAUGGUCAAGGUGGAAUUCCAGACCGACAGAAACUAACUGAGGCCAGAAAAGACUUGGACAAGGUCCUGACUGUACGUCCAUGUCUGCGGACUCACCUGGAGAUGGCACAGGUGUACUACUACAUGGGUGUAGAUGCACUCCAGGAGAGUCUCUUGGUGGAUGAAGGAGCAGUGAACAGCGCGAUGGUGAGUCUGUCCCAUGCCCUACAGUUUGAACUAGGUGAUACCUUGCCAGACCUCCACGUGCUCAGAGGACGCUGCCUCCUGCUGAAGGGGGAGGAGCAGAACGCUGCAGACUGCUUCAAACAGGCUGUGGAGUUAGAGAGACCAGGGAGCACAGACACCACAGCCCUCCGCUGCCUCCUACAGGCACUCUUGAAUCUAUUCAUGCAGGGAGGCCCUGACCCAAGCCUAGCCACCACCCAACUGGAGUUGUGGGUGCGAAAGGCUGAGGAGAGGUACCCUGAGGACAUUGUGAAGUCUGAGCUGAGGUGCCUUUACAGGACUCACACAGCAGAGGUCACAGAGUUAUCCAGGGCUCUGAUCAAGACAGGCAGACUGGACCUAGUGAGGAGGCUUCUGGAAACAGUGGUGCCUAAACAGCUUGUUAAGAAGAGACCAAUGGCUAGGUCUUUCUCCUGUACAUGAAGCAAAAAUGUGACUUUAGUAGACAUAUAUAUGCAUGACCUAACCAGAACAGGCAGUAAUUAAUUAACUUCUUGACAGCAUUUCACAGACAAAAAUGAACGGCAGCGGUGUACUGUAUUUUUUAAACUGUAAUUCUUCUAUUAACUUACUAUUAACUCUUUUUUUUUUUUUUUUUAAGGAACAACUUUUAGAAAGGUUUGAUCUACAGAGUAACCUACAGUUACAGUGUUAAAGCACGGAAGGAUAUUCCUUUCAAGCUUGUUUUGCAAUGCAAAAUAUGUUCAUCAUCGCAGCCUUUCAGAUCAUUGCUGACUUGAAAAAAAGAGUGGUUGGGUGUAUUCAUAAUGAAAUGGCUGCAGAAAAGAUGUCCUGUUGGCUCUUCCACAGUGGCUGUAGAAAUGACUCCACAAGUAGUUAUUGCUGCAUAGUACUGUAAUAUGUAAAUCAUAUCACGCUACCUCUCUUUGAGUGGGAUAUUUCAAUGCUGUACCACUGUUGACCAGAAGACACAGGUACACACCAUUAGGUGGUUCAUGAAAGGUUCUGUUUUUGGCUAUGAAUAAAAGACUAGUUUUUGAAUCA